GUGGAGAGCUGGCAGGAAAUUCAAGGAAGCAAGCUUGGUGCGAAGAAAGCGUGGCAGCGCUGGUUAUUUCUCGAAGACGAAUGUAAGAAGCGCAAGAAAUAGGGUCUUUGUGUUUUCUCCAUGUUGGGACACAAGGACACGAAUGGCGCUCGCUUCCUCGAUCUCUAAGGUGCUCGAACGAUUCAAGCGGAAUCCACGCGCUGCGAUCACCGACAGUGGUAAAUCCAGGGAGAAGGCCAGGAUAUCGUUUCCUCGAUUGGAAUUCAGGGAGAGGAACGAGGCCAAGUUUGAUCUGGUGGCACGGCUCGACUUGACGCUCAGAAUCUCCAUGCUGUCCAAGGUGAACUCCGAGAUCCAGCGUCGCUCCUUCUCGGCUUUGCUGCUCUUCACGGCGGUGUGUCUCAUCGGCCCUUCGGCGGCUUUGGCUAUGGAGGUGGAUGAUAUUCCAGAGUAUGGCCCAGGGCUUCCAAAGAAGGAUUUAGUCUUCCAUGGGGGAGUUUUUCUCGCUAGAGUCCAGAGGCCAAUGGCAUUGUCAACCACGGCAACUUCACUGGUCAGUGAAUCAUCUCGCGGCGUGUUUAUGGAAGAAAAACUCGACGUGGAAAACGAAGAAGAAGAACUCGAGGAGAUUCUUGAGCUGAGUAUGGUGGUGCCAAGAUCCGAGCUCACAGCAUUCGACGUGUUUAUUAAUCUCCCACAAGCGAGCGAGAGCUCGCCGAUCACUCUCCCGGAGUUUGUUGGCUCGUUUGCGAGUGGCGAGAUCGAUAGGCCAGGGUAUCGACGAGUGAAAGUUCGGUUUGGAAUAGGUGACAAGAUCAAGCUGCUCCAUCUGGAGAAGGAAAGGAGUGUUCUUGUCGCAAUUGUUCGUCAUGGAGCUACCAAAGGCGUGGAAAUCACGAUUAAAGACAUUGAUAUAGAGCUAGAAUAACAACUAUAAAUCAGGAAAGACUGUACUUUAAAUAUAAUAAAUCAUUACAUCCAUUUAAA